CAAGUCCAAAAGUUAACAUUAUGUAUAUUAUUUAAAAGAAAUUAGUAUGGAAUGUAAUAAUCACAAGGAGUGUAAUUAUCGUCUUAAUAAACUUAUAGGAAAAUUAAAGACGGAAAUUUCCAAGUCAGAUUAUUUUUUACAAAAUUACAAAAAUUACGAGGAAGAAUUGAUAUAUCAUAAACCAAAUAAAGAUGAAAAAAAAAAAAUUAUUAAAACUAUCAAAACAAAUUCGUCUUCGUGUUCGGUUUUAAUAGAUCAACUGAAAGUGCACAGAAAGGAAAUUAAAACUUUAUUAAAACUUUCCGACACGCUCAUGGACAAAUAUGAAAAAUUAAAGAUCCAUCGAAAAAAACAAAUAGAACAGGUACGUACCGUAAACAAUGAAGUUGAAAAUCUUCGCUGUCGUUUAAAUAAUAUAUUAUUGCCGAUCGGUGGUCCAAAAAAAUUUUUAUCACACUUGAAGAGUCUUCCAUGUCAAAAUGAAAAGAACAAUCAAUUAGAGAAAGCCUUCCGUAAUAUUAUCCUACAGAUUUCAACAUUACAAAACAAUUGUGAUGCGCAGAAUAAAAGAAACGAAGAUAAAGCUUUAUUCAGUUUUGUAAUUAAAUAUAUAAAAAAAGCAUUUGAUUUCUUGGCGAAAAUGGAAUCAAAGGAAAUAAAUUUCAUCGAUUAUGUACUUUGUGAGACAAAAAACGAAGAUGAUUAAGCAUUAAAUUGCUAUUGUGUUGAGAAGUGGUGGAUGUAAAAAUAAAUUUCAAAUGUUAUAUACACUAUAGUUUUAGCAAAUGUUUAUUUUAGAAUAAAUUUAUCACCUUACACAUCUUUAUCUUUCGAAGUCGUGGCUUACACGGAUUUUAAUUGCCUAUAAUAAAUACUAUAAGAUAAAAUGUAUUUUUCUGAAUACUUAACAGCAAUAUAUUAUGUUA